CUUCGUAACAUAGCAACCGAUGUAAACAAUCCAGAGUAUUAAACCGGAAAUGGCGACUCCACGGGAGCAAGAAGCAGCCAGCUAUCUGGAAAAACACAAAAUCCCAGAUCUCAUGAACAAUUUAACGAGUAUGCUGUUUUUCCAUAGACCUGAAAACCCACGCGAGUUUCUGAUCAUGCAGCUCGAGCUUCUGAAAGCGUCCAGACUUCGACCACUGGACUGCCCUUGCCUUAUCGACGAGUCCAAUUUAGACGCAGUCUUCGGGAUACUGGAUCCAGUGAAGCAGGGACACAUCACUCUAGCUCAGUACAAGAUGGCCUUGACGACCUUGGGUAUUAAGGAUUUCGACGAGUGUCCUGAAGGUGCAGAUUUAAACCGAAUAUCUCAGGAAACGUUUAAAAAGCAGGCGAAGGAUGGACUCUUAGAAGGCUCCGCAACAUUUAAAAAGUGAUUUAUUAUAUUUUUAUAUAAUGUGUAUAUCUGCUUCACAAGAGUUUUGUGGCAGUGCAGUGAAUGAGCUAAUUUGGCAGAUUGUAAAAUUUUAUAAGGAUGUCCCUGUGGAAGCCCUGCUGGCUGGUUGGCCUCUGCGUACCAAAUGAGGGUCUGUAGCUGUGGCUGUUUGUGGUGCCUGUGCACGCAUGUUACAUUCACAUGCAUUGUCUUUUUUUUUUUGGGGGGGGGGGGGGGGGGGA